CGUAAUAGUAGCAUUGGCUUUUGAAUAAUGUCCACUUGCAAUAUCCGUUGUUAUAUCCUUCACGGCGUUACCCCUUGUGGAUCAAAACCUUCCAUCUUUAUCCUCUCCUCCUCCUUCCGCCAUGACAACGCGGCCAACACCUCCGCCCGUCCACAUCGACCUCUGGCCCAUCCUUUCCGAAUCUAAACGCAUAAUCAACGCCCACUCCCGCCACUUCCUUGCUCUCUCCGUCCUCUUCCUCCUCCCUCUUUCCUUCUCCUUCUCCGCCUUCCCCUUCAUCAAUCAACUCUUUUCCCAAUCCUCCACCCCCACCAUCGAAACCCACCUCAGUUUCCUCCACACCCCUUUUCAACUGCAAAAACCCCCAACAAUUCCCAUCAAAUACCUGCUCUUCACUCUCCUUUACACCCUCUUCAUCUUCAUCUUCUCUCUCUUCGCCUCCGGUUCCAUCACUUACAGCGUUUUCCACGGCUUUUAUGGCCGACCCGUCAAGCUCCUAUCCGCUAUCAAGUCAGCUUUCACUUCCUUCUUCCCCCUCGUCUCCACUUGCCUUGUAACGGAGCUUAUCAUUUCUGGGAUCCUUUUAAUUCUUGCUUUGAUCUUCCUUGGAUUACUCCAACUAACCCAACUGUUAGGCUUCCAUGUUGAUUACACUUCGCCUUAUUUCAUUUCCCUCUGUCUUGUUUUCGUAAUUACUUUCUUGUUUAUUGUACUCUAUUUGCAAGUUAAGUGGGUAUUUGCUUAUGUUGUUGUUGUAGUUGAAUCAAGCUGGGGGCUUGAACCAUUAAAACGAAGUAAAAAUUUAGUUCACGGACUGAAAAGAAUUGCUUUCUCUAUGCUUCUGUUUUACGGGUUCUUCAGUGGGAUUUUAAUCUGGGUCUCAGCUGCAGAUUGGGGUUAUGCAGCUGCUGAUAAAUGGAAAAGUUGGGCAUUUGUUAUACAUAUUGUGAGCACUUCCACUUUGUUCAUGUUGAUUAUGCUUUCUUAUUUGGCUGCAACUACAGUUUUUUAUAUGUAUUCCAAGGCUAUACAUGGAGAGCUUGCUGGGGAGAUUGCUGAAGAGUUUGCAAGAGAGUAUGUCAGUUUGCCUUUUGAUGAUGGGAAAGUUCCUCAUGUUGUAUCUGUUGUUUAUGGUUGAUGAAAGUAAGACUAGGGUCCUUUUACUUGUUUACGGUUUGUUUACUUUAACUUGUAUAUAUGAAAACAAAGAUGUCUGAACAAUGUUAUAAAAGAAUAGCUUCAUAUAUGUUAGCAUAAUGAAUGUUAAA